UUAGACUUGUUCUAUUUCGGCAUCAUUCUGAAGAGAAAAUUCGAUCGCAAUAGUUCGCAAAAUGUUCAAAGCGGUGGUUUGUGUUCUGUAUCUAUUUGCAGUAACAAUAUCGGCAUACGAUUUCAAAGAUGCUGACUUUAAUGAAUAUUUGUUUGAUGAGUUGCAAGCCGAUUACGAAGAAGGAUUUGAUACUAUCGUCCGUCUACGUCGUGAUACUGAAGUAACUGAAACAUCAACUCCGGCUAAAGAGUCUAAAGAAUGUGGAAAGCGUGAUUGGAAGAAGGAUGGUCUAUGCUGUACAGGCGAUAAAUUUGACAUGAAACACUUUGAGGUUUUUAAAGAGGCUAAAAAACAGUGUUACGCUGAAGUACGCGGCAAUAAUUCUGAUGAUUCCUUUGAUCCAUUUGAUUGUCAAAAAAUGCAGCAAGUGAAAGAGCAAGUCGUGUGUGUUAGUGAAUGUGUUGCAAAGAAAUUGAAUAUUGUGGACGAAACCGGUGCCCUUAAUCGGGAUGUUCUUCUUACACACUUAAAAUCAAAAAUAGGUGAUUCACAGUGGAAAAAAGAUGUAUUAGAGAGUUAUGUGGAUAAAUGUGCGGGUGAAGCUAAGGAAAAAACAGUAAAGAACUCUUCUGAGGAAGUUAAUAAGUGUAAUAGUCAACCAAUGACAUUCCAUCACUGUCUAUGGCGUGAAUUUACAAAUGGCUGCCCUGUUGAAUUACGGGUUGACUCUCCUAAAUGUUCCAAAAUUCGUGUGCGUUUAGCAAAAGGAGAUACUUCGUUCUUAAAUAAGCACUUCCUUCAUCAUUAUCAUCAUGGACGUCAUGAAGAACAAGUUCAAUAAAUUGAUAAUUAAGGAUUGAAAUUGAAGACCUCAUUUAAGACUAAUUGGAUCAAAUAAAAGCAUU